AUGUGCCACCUGUGGGUCAAGGCCAAGGAGAACACGUGGACGCACCUGAGGCGCAGGCGCCGGGAGAUGGAGCGCAAACGCCGCAUGCAGGAGGAGGCCAAGAAAGCCGAAGAAGCCCAAAAGCCCAGAGACGAGCCUCCGGUCGUCGAGCAGACACAAGACUCACCAAAGCAAGAGGCAUCUGAUGCUGAAUCUACGACGGAGCCAUCAAAGUUGGACGAGACCACUGCUCAGCCCGUUGGUUCUUCUUCGGACAAGCCCUGUAAUAUGGAAGUUGAUAAACAAGAGCCAACCGAAUCGUUAAGCGAACCGGUCACGGAAGGAAAUCCAGCAUUAGAGCUGCCCGAGCAGUCCGCUGCUCUGUCUCAGAGCUCCACGAACGGGCCGUUGUCGGAAGCCGAGCCAAGCGAAUCCACCGACGUGCCCGCCGAGGAACAGGAGGCAGCGUCGGAGUCUUCCGCUGUCCCGUCGGAAGCUGAGGAUCCUUCGGCUGCUGUCACUUCCUCAAAUCACGUGCCACCACAGCCAGAUCCUGCACCGUUGCCCGAGCAGUUGCCGAGUUGGUUGACCCCGGAAGAGGCCAUGGAAGGCGACGUCAGCGCCGAUAGCGAUAGCUACGAAAGGGACGGCGUCAAGAGGAAACAGGAAGACGACGGUGCCGCAGACGAGCCGCCAAACAAGAUUCAACGCCAGGAUCACAGUGACAAAUCCUCCGAGGAAAGUGCAGAUGACAUGGCAGCUGACGAAGGCGUCGGAGGGGCCAAUCCCGAACCGGACAACACGCCGUUGCUUCUGAGCACCGACAUAAGAGUUCGGCGCAUCUACGCCGACAUCGUCAUCCACAUGACCAUCCGAAGCGGCCAAUCAGACGUGGCGCAUCAGUUGUUGCAGUACAUCAAGACUGCCUUUGGGGAGUGUAACCCUGCAGACUCGUUUGACACUGCAUCCCUCAGUGGCUGUAUUGUUUUGUUUUUUUCUUGUCUUUUUUUUUCUUCAUGUUUUGCACAUUUGGGACUGUCAUUACGUUUGUCACUUCAUCUGUGUUGUGUGAAUGUGUUGGUGUGAAGAACUACUGUCAGAGAGGGGUGUGUUAUUUGGUGUGAAUGUUUCAUUUGGUUGCGGUGCACAUUGAGCAAAAAAAAAAGAAAUGAAAAAAUGGACUGGCACCUUUUCAAGCGUCCUUUUAUCCUGCAAUGCAUUAAAAUCUCGUACAAGCUCUUAAGCAUG